UGUAAAGAACUUGCCAAGUCAAAGGCAGAAGUUGCCUGUGUUGCUGUAUAUGAAACGGAUGUGUUCGUAGUUGGAACUGAGAGAGGAAGAGCCUUUGUCAAUUCUAGGAAGGAUUUUCAAAAGGAUUUUGUUAAAUACUGUGUUACAGAAGAUGAGAGAGCUGCAGAACUGCAGAAAACAAAGACAAUACCACCUGUAAACAGGCUGACUGUGGAUAUGGUGGAACUGGAAGCUCUCAGAAAGUCUGUGGAGGACUUUUUCUGCUUUUGCUAUGGUAAAGCUUUAGGAAAGUCAACAGUGGUGCCUGUGCCGUAUGAGAAGAUCCAGAGGGACCAGUCUGCUGUGGUAGUGCAGGGCCUGCCUGAAGGACUUGCGUUUAAACAUCCAGCAAAUUACGAUGUUUCAACCUUGAAAUGGAUUUUGGAAAACAAGUCAGGGAUCUCAUUUAUCAUCAAAAGGCCUUUCCUAGAGCCGAAGAAGCACCUAGGAGCUCAUAUGACAGAUCCUUCACAUUCAAUUAUACCUCCAGGUGGAAGUUGUCCUCCUAUUCAAGUGAAAACGGAACCAAACGAGGAUUCCGGAAUUUCUUUGGAAAUGGCAACAGUAACAGUGAAGGAAGAAUCAGAUGAUCCUGACUACUAUCAAUAUAAUAUUCCAGGCCCUUCCGAAACAUCAGAGAUGGAUGAAAAAAUUGCUCUUGCAAAAAGUUACACAGAUUCCUCCCAGCACGCCCCUUCAGAAACAAGUGAGGAUCCUGAAGUAGAGGUCACCAUUGAAGAUGAUGACGACUACUUGCCCCCAAACAAAAGACCGAAGAACACAGAGUCAGCUAAUGAAGCUGCCAAUACUGGGAGAAGAAAAGUGAGAGAGUUCAAUUUUGAGAAAUGGAAUGCGCGAAUUACAGACUUGAGAAAGCAAGUUGAAGAGCUGUUUGAAAAAAAAUACGCUCAAGCUAUAAAAGCAAAAGGUCCAGUGUCUAUCCCAUACCCGCUUUUCCAGUCACAUGUGGAAGACUUAUAUGUGGAAGGGCUCCCAGAAGGAAUUCCCUUCAGGCGACCAUCCACGUAUGGCAUUCCCCGUCUUGAGAGGAUACUUCUAGCAAAGGAGCGGAUCCGAUUUGUGAUUAAAAAGCAUGAACUUCUGAAUUCGACACGAGAAGAUGUACCAUUGGAUAAACCAGUUGCAGGAGUGAAAGAAGAGUGGUAUGCGAGAAUCACCAAACUGAGAAAGAUGGUAGAUCAGCUCUUCUGUAAAAAAUUUG